UCGAACAGGAGAACAUUCCGGUCCUCUCCUCUCAUCCUCUCUCUAUGGACCUAGCUGGCAGCUAGACACACACACACACGCACACACACUCAUCUUCCGAUGAUGAAGGUGCCACUUGCUUGCCUGCUUUUCAUCUGCUUUCCUUUUGAUGGGAUGUGUUCAGAUGUUGACCAGGAGCAGAGAGCAAGAGAGGAAGAUUUGCUGAGUGGCCUCUUUACCUCAAAGGCGGGUGUGUACCUCUGGAUGGCAGCGCUGCGGACCGUGUGUGGGCAGAUUCCCUGGCCAGACCGGCAGGCGCAGGAGGCGUGGCCUCGGUACAGGGUGAGCCACCCCAGCACCCAGCUCCAGGGGAUACAGAGGCUUUCCCACCCCCAAAAACCCUGCAGGCUACUGUACCUGUGGGAGACUGCACAAAAGGAGCACGCAGGUGCAAAUCAUGUAGAGAAGAAGAGAAAUCACAAAGGGAAAUCACCGUACACACCGCGAAGGCGGUUUCACGCCAACGCAGCGAGGAAGCCAUAUCUGCUCAAGCGGAGAGGAACGGACUGAUCCCCGCCCCAAAAACACUGCGUAGGGGAGGCCAUGUAAAUACUGCGAAUGUCUGCGUUUGUGCUAGCUCUGUAAACUCUGCAAAUGUUAGUUCUGUUAAAAAAUAAUAUAUAUAUAUAUAAAAUGUACAAAGUUACAGGUUGGCGGUGCAUACCCCAUACCUGCAGAAGCUGAGUAAUUGGCACUUCUCUGGGUUUCCCACAGAAAUAACAGUAAUAGCUUCAGACUCACUCCUCAUAUACUAUUUGACCUCUGACCCCAUGUGAAGACAAGGAAUUCAGAUACAGCUAACAGCCACACAAGUGGUGGAGAAAAAAACAGCUGGA